CGUCACGAUCGGUUCCAUCUUCGAUUUUAUCAUACAUAUAUCCAUUACUCUACAGAGUCUUCGUAAAUCCAUCAUUCUUGAUAGUUAUAUUGCACAACUACCCAAGUAUGUUUGCUCCACGAAAGCAUAUCAUCCCUCGCACCUGGAACUACUCUCCAAGGCACCUCUUGGAACUACCGAACACUCAAAACCCGUAGUGGGAGAUAGCACACAUACCUCAACUGUCUAUAAAGCUGAGGUUAUUCCACGUGAGAAUGCACGGGACGUUCCUCAAGCUCUUAAAACGGCUCUGAUCAAUAUAUCCCCACCUGGCGCUGUAACUGCACUAGAGAACAUGAAGCGUGAGCGACAUACCUAUCGAUUUCAUCGUGUCGCCUUCUUCAGCGUGCUUCCGAAAGAUGUACGAUGAGAUCGACAGUAGCACUAUCGCCUUGGAAUGGCUGGACACCCACUCUUGCAGAGGUAAAAUACCAGUCUAGCAUGCAUAUCUACUCACUCAUCGUGGCCUUUAUGGGAGCAGCGUUGACUAGUUGUGUCUCGUACUGGAAGGAUACGGAUGUGUUGAACACAGACUUUAAGCUCGCAAACAUCCUGCUCUCUGGGAUUGAAACUGGCUAUAUAACAGCUAAAGUGGGAGACUUGGGACUUGUAGUGCCAUCUGGCAGUCUUCUCAACGAACUACCAUAUGCGAUGCACGCUCCGGAAGUCUUUCUAGGGCACGCAUGUGCGAAGCCAUCCCAGGUCUGGGCAGUUGCCGCGAUGCUGCUUUGCUGGAUAAACCCAGGAGUACUGGGCGUGUGGGAUAGUCCGCAUCCUUUAUAAAUGAGGCUUGGUGCAUGACGAAGAUAAAGCGACUAUUCCCUCACUGGGAGCUCCCACACUCUGACAAAUGUGGAGGGUCAUUCACUCAAAAGCUGCGGUAGAUGCUGCUAGUAGUUUCAUAAAGGAAGUGUCAGAGCUGCAGGCAAUCUCACCGUUGUGUGAGGAAUUACGAAAGAUUUGAUACGCCUCAGCAGAUUAGGGAUCUUCUUCGAUUGAUGCUGGUGACUGAUCCGGUUCAGAGGCCGUCUGCCUCGUCUGUGACAGCGUCGGAGGAGUUUAGGGCAUUGGAAGAGCUGGUG